AUGCACCCCUACCGUCUCAUACUCUUAAAGCCUGGCCAACCCCCCUGUCGUCGGGUUCCUUUGUUCCGCAUUCGACCGCAGCCUUUUCGAGCCUGUGCACGUUUGGAGCCCGUUCCAGUCAUCAUGGCAGAGAAAUCGAUCCAAGAAAAUUCCUCCAGGACUUCUGAUAUCGAAAAGGUCACUUCGUUGCACGACCCUCAGAAGUCACGGCUAGACCAGUUCCCGGAUCCAGAUGAGGGAUUGAGUGAGGAGGAGAGGGCUAAGAUUGACCGCGCCCUUCUCUGGAAGUUGGAUAUGAAAUUAGUCCCCUGGCUAAGUUUGCUUUAUCUAGUGUCCUUCUUAGACCGUACCAACAUCGGAAAUGCAAAGCUCGACAACCUCCAAGAGGACCUUAGCAUGUCUGACAACCAAUAUAAUUCAUCGCUCACUAUUUUCUUCGUUUCGUAUGCAGUCUUUGAGCCGUUGACCAAUGUCCUCCUCAAACGGCUGCGGCCGAGCGUCUUCAUCCCCAUCAUCAUGGUCUUAUGGGGUAUUUGCAUGUUGAGCAUGGGCUUUGUCCAUAACUGGGCCGGUCUCAUGACUGCCCGCUGGUUUCUCGGCCUCACUGAAGCCGGCCUCUUUCCCGGUGUUGGCUACUUUCUAUCAUGUUGGUACAAGCGCUCGGAAUUUGGUAUCCGAAUGGCGAUCUUCUUCUCGGCCGCCGCCCUAGCCGGCUCCUUCGGUGGCCUUCUCGCAACUGCAAUCGUACAGAUGGAUGACGUAGGCGGGAAAGCCGGGUGGGCCUGGAUUUUCAUACUGGAGGGUCUCGCGACGGUUCUCAUUGGCGUUGCCUCGUUCUGGAUGGUCUACGAUUUCCCUGACGAGGCGACGUUUCUGUCAGAAGAUGAUCGAAAGAGAGUGCUGAGACGGCUGGCGGAGGACCAACAGGCGAGUGCUGAGCAUGAGGAGUUCAAGAUGACGUACUUCUGGAGCAGUCUCAAGGAUUGGAAGACAUAUGCCGGGAUGGUGAUCUAUAUGGGUGCUGAUGGAAGUCUCUAUGCGUUUUCGCUGUUCGUGCCAACCAUCAUCAACCAGCUGUCGCAACUCCUUAGCGUCCCGCCAUACGCCGCCGCUGCGCUCGUCACAGUCGCCGUCGGCUUCAUCGCAGACCGCACCCGCCAGCGCGGCAUUUGCAAUAUACUAGUUUCUUUCGUCGGCAUAGCAGGCUUCGCCAUGCUGCUGGGCGCAAAAUCCCCGGGCGCCCGGUACGCAGGAACAUUCCUCGGCGCCAUGGGCAUCUACCCCGCCAUCGCGAAUACGAUUUCGUGGACGAGUAAUAAUGUUGAGGGUGUGUACAAACGCGGCGUAACCCUAGGCUUCGUAAUCGGGUGGGGAAAUCUGAACGGAAUCGUGUCGUCGAAUAUCUAUCGCGGCAAGGACCGUCCAGACUUCUAUCCCGGUCAUGGGACUGUCCUGGCCUAUCUUGUUCUGUUUCAGUUUGGCGGAUCGCUGUUGCAGUAUAUUUUUUUGAGACGAGAGAAUGCAAAGCGGAGACGAGGUGAGAGGGACCAUUGGGUGGAGGGGAUGGACGAGGGCGAGAUUCGGGCGCUGGGUGAUAAGCGGCCGGAUUUUAUAUACACGCUUUGA